AUGUCAGCUUGGUUCAAUAACACAUUCUUCGAUACUAUCAAUGAUCUAUUACUAGGAGAGUCGUACGAUGAUCUUGACACCGGUACAUUUCAGCCCACUGUUGACAAGAUCAUAUCUGCCGCAAAGGGCGUCACGCUCUUCGGGAUGGCCCAGCGAUUCUGGCCCUUGACUUACAUCCUCCUGCUGUUCAUACCCAAGAAUAUCCGAGAAGCCAAAAAUCAGCAUUGUGAUUUGACAAGGGCACGAAUUCAGCAGAGACUCCAGUGCCCAAAUUCAAAUAAUGACAUGAUUUCGACAAUGUCCGAGUUCAUCGAUGCUCCCGGACCAACCACAAUUUCGCAAUCCGAACUCUGCUACACGGCCUCUUUGAUUAUACUCGCUGGCUCAGAGCCUAGUGCCACAACUCUUUCCUUCUUCUUCCACCACUUACUCUGA